CAAUUUUAAAAACCCCACAUAUCCUCAUGUAAGGAUUAAGAAAUACACAUAUAGGAAAAAAUUUAUUAAAAGAACUCUUUUAAAGGGACCAGUAAAAUGGGCAUUCCAUUACUGCACAAGGGGUCAUGAUUUCACUCACAGUAUAAAUGUUCUGCAUACAAAAACACUUCAGAGAAAUGGGUUAUCAAAUAAUAGAUGUUUGUCUAUUUAAAUCUAUAGGUACAAAGGACAGUGAUUAUCAUGUACUGGAGGAAGAGGCGAAGGGAAUGCUUUUCAUCUCAGAUGGGGCUCAUGAACAGGACUGCGUUUUAGUAUGAGGAAGAGAAGAGGCAGGACAAGCCGGGUCAGAAGACGGAGGCUCUGCGGAGGUUCUGAGUCCCGAGGAGUGAAUGAGAGCUACAAACCUGAAUUUAUAGAGCUUAAGAAGUGGCUGAAAGAUAGGAAGUUUGAAGAUACAAACUUAGUACCUGCUUGUUUUCCAGAUACAGGACGAGGGCUGAGGAGCAGAACGUCCCUGCAGGAGGGACAGGUGAUCAUUGCGUUGCCUGAGAGCUGCCUGCUCACCACGGACACAGUGAUUAGGAGCUACUUAGGGGCGUACGUUGCUGAGUGGCAGCCUCCCCCGUCUCCUCUGCUGGCUCUGUGCACCUUCUUAGUCGCAGAGAAGCAUGCUGGGGCUCGGUCUCCCUGGAAGCCCUACCUGCAGAUUUUACCAGAAGCCUACACCUGCCCCGUGUGCUUGGAGCCAGAAGUGGUGGGUCUCCUUCCCAGGAGGUUGGCAGCGGAGGCCAGAGAGCAGAGGACCCGCGUGCAGGAGAUGUUCACGUCCUCCAGGGACCUUUUCUCUUCCCUGCAGCCUCUGUUUUCUGAGGCUACUGAGAGCAUCUUCAGCUACAGUGCCUUCCUGUGGGCCUGGUGCACGGUCAACACGCGAGCUGUGUACCUGAAGCGUGGGCGGAGGCCGGGCCUUUCUGCAGAGCCAGACACCUGCGCCCUCGCCCCAUACCUGGAUCUGCUGAACCACAGCCCGGGCGUCCAGGUAAAAGCAGGAUUUAAUGAGGAGACUCGCUGUUACGAGAUUCGGACGGGCUCGGGUUGUAGGCAGCACCAGGAGGUGUUCAUCUGCUACGGCCCUCACGACAACCACCGGCUGCUGCUGGAGUACGGGUUCGUGCCCCCCCAGAACCCCCACGCGUGUGUUCACGUCCCACAAGAUAUGCUUGUUAAAUACCUUCCGUCAACAGAUAAACAGCUGAACAAAAAGAUUUCCAUUUUAAAGGAUCAUGACUUCAUAGAAAACUUGACGUUUGGAUGGGAUGGACCGUCCUGGAGGCUACUCACGGCUCUGAAGCUGUUGUGUCUGGAGGCUGGAGAGCUAUACAGUCCCGGUGCCUCUCCCCGUCCGAGACACUUCUCUUGAGGUUCUGCACGUCCCGAAUCUGUUCCUCAGCCCUUCCCCCCCAUUGCUUCUCCCUGCGCAGAGUGGCUCAGCAUCCUGCUGUGGCUCCCUCCUGCCUGCCCUGAGACUUGUACCCUCUGCCUGCGCCUGAGCCUCGUUUCCUACAGACGUUCGUGGCACAGACCUGGCAAGGCCGCCUGUGGAGGGGGCUUCACCGAGACUCCUUCCGUCUGUAGCAUCUCACUUUGUGACGCGUGUUCCGUUCAGUUUGCUGUUUUCUCUUGAGAAGAAAAAAAAUCUGUCUUUUGCUCCUUAGUCGGCUCUGGACUCACUUUCCUGUUCUGUCUCCUGCUCUGAUCCUGUGGCUGGUGGACGUGACGCUGCUCACAGAUGCCAGACAGGAUCCGUGACAAUGAGAGCGCCAGUCCCGCUGCUUGUUCUCACUGUGCCUUCUCCCUACAAACUGUCCGCUUCAGGACAGGACCCGCAGGAGGCGGGAGGUGGGGGGGGUGCU